UGCCGGAGGGCCCGGGGCGGGGACUUCUGGCACUUUCUGGGAGCUGCGGGCGCCUGACAGACCUUCAGGCCGGAAGCCCGCGCUCACCCGCUUCCAGGGCCCUCGUCGUCUGCGCCGCCAUGGCCAAAUGGGGCCAGGGGGACCCGCGCUGGAUCGUGGAGGAGCGGGAGGACGGGACCAACGUGAACAACUGGCACUGGACAGAGCGGGAUGCCACCAUUUGGUCCAAGGGGAAGCUCCGUGAGCUCCUGGUUGGCAUUGCUGUGGAGAAUGAGGCUGGCCGAGGUGAGAUCAGUGAGUUGAAGCAGGUGGAAGGUGAGGCUUCUUGUAGCAGCCGCAAAGGGAAGCUCAUUUUCUUCUAUGAGUGGAGCAUCAAGCUGGCCUGGAAAGGUACAGUUAAAGAAUCUGGUGCAAAGCACAAGGGACUGAUUGAAAUACCCAGCCUUUCUGAAGAAAGUGAAGCUAGUGACACUGAGGUGAACGUGAGUAAGAAGAAAGGAGAUGGGGACACAUUGAAGGAUCUUAUGAGGACUACAGGCACCGCCAAGACUAAAUGUUCCAUGAGGGCAUGGAAGGUGUCUCUCUUAUUACUGCUGUAUCUCCAGCAUCUAGCACAAUGCCUGACACAUAAAUUUACAACAGGAAUGAUUUUACCAACAAAAGCUGUAGCAACCAAGGAACUGACUGUUCAGAGGAAACUGACUGAAAACACACUGCAGAUGCAGGCUUCCUCAGUGGCCCUGGGUGUGAGGAUUCCCACAGUGGCUUUGCACUUGACGGAGCUGUUUGACGCGACAGUGGAGCAGCUGUACAGCAUCUUCACUGUGAAAGAAUUGGUGCAAAAAUUUUCCAAAUCUCCUGCUGUAUUAGAAGCUGAAAAGGGAGGGAAAUUCCAGAUGUUUGAUGGGAAUAUCACUGGAGAGUAUGUGGAGCUGUUAACAAACAGGAAGAUCAUCAUGAAGUGGAGAUGUAGGAACUGGCCAGAAGAACACUAUGCAACAGUUGCAUUGAAUUUUGUGCCUGCUCCAGGGCAAACGGAAUUAAAAUUGGACUGUAAAGGAGUUCCUGUCUGUAAAGAAGAGAAUAUGACAAUCUGUUGGCAGAAGCAGCACUUUGAAGAAAUAAAAGGUUUACUUCAGCUCACCACUGAGAAUGCUUUAAUGAAUUAGGUUUUAUAAGGACUUUUUUUUUCUUUUCCAAGACAGAGUUUCUCUGUUACACAAAGCCCUGGCUGUCCUAGAGCUCACAGAAAUCCACCUGCCUCUGCCUCUGUG